AAAACAGCUGAGCAGUUGUUCACUUCGUUGACUCAUUUUUCUAUUUAAUAAAUGGUAUUCUUAAAUCUAUUAGACUCAUAGUUAUAUUUAAUAGUUUUCAUACAAAAAGUACAUAUUGUAUUAACUAACACAUUAUGGAAUUUGGUUUUAUAAAACGUAACGAAGGCCAAAGGGAUAAUGGUACAAAUAAAAUUGAUGAAUUACAGUUUUGGAAGCACGUAGAAUAUAUUGAAAAUCAUGGAAAAGAUCAAGAUGACUAUGAAUAUUGCGUGACUGAGUUCUUGCGGAUGUCAGGUAUUUAUUGGGGUGUGACGGCGCUAGAUAUUAUGAACCAGCUAAACCGCCUUGAUAGAGAAUCAAUAAUUGAUUUUAUACGUCGCUGCCAAUGUCCAAUAACUGGAGGCAUUGCUCCAUGUGAGGGUCAUGAUCCGCACAUUUUGUACACGUUUUCCGCAGUGCAAAUAUUAUGUAUUUAUGAUUCAUUAAAUGAUAUUGAUUGUGAUGCGGUUGUCCGAUAUGUUGUUGGUUUACAGCAACCAGAUGGAAGCUUUUUUGGUGAUAAAUGGGGCGAGGUAGAUACUCGUUUUUCUUUUUGCGCAGUUGGUAUACUCACUUUACUACAACGUAUGAAGAACACAAUAGAUGUCGAAAAAGCCGUGAGCUUUGUUAUGUCUUGCUGCAAUCAAACAGAUGGAGGUUUUGGCUCAAAACCCGGCGCUGAAUCUCAUGCAGGGUUAAUAUAUUGCUGUGUAGCUUUCCUUUCACUAACGAAACGAUUACAUUUAAUUGAUAUUGAUAAACUUUGUUGGUGGCUCUGUGAGCGUCAGUUAGCCAGUGGUGGCCUAAAUGGUCGCCCUGAAAAACUUGCUGAUGUUUGUUAUUCGUGGUGGGUACUUGCAUCGCUUACGAUUAUGGGACGUCUUCAUUGGAUAAGCUCAGAAAAACUACAAGAAUUUAUUCUUUCUUGUCAAGAUACUGAAACGGGAGGGUUUGCAGACCGAACAGGUAACCUACCCGACAUCUUUCACACAUUAUUUGGUUUAGGUGCAUUAUCGUUACUUGGCUUUAACGGUCUUAAACCUAUUAAUCCUGCUUUAUGUAUGCCACAAUACGUCAUGGAGAGAUUAAAUAUACAACCUCAAAUAUUAAGAAAGGCAGAAAAUUGAUAUGUUGAAGAAUAGUUAUUUAAAAAAUAAAGAUUACUGUUGUAAA